AUGGAAGGCGUACAAGAUGAGCAGCUGUUGAGUCUUGGGCUUGCAAUCGUGAUCGAUUCUGGUAGUGGUCGUGAAAGAAAGGUGAAAAGAAAGAGAAGGGAAGGAUUUAAACCUUUGGAUACGAAUGGAGUUUCUGAAGGAAAUAUCUAUAGUCUUUUGGAAAUGAGGGAAAUCAUGUUAAAGAAAGAAAACAAGACACCAGAAAUAAGCACGGGCGACUCAGUGCAAAGGGUGGCGGCUUAUUUUGCAGAUGGAUUGGUGGCAAGGCUUCUCACACGCCGAUCACCUUUUCACUCAAUGAUAAUGAAGGAACCAGCACCCGAAGAUGAGUUCUUGGCAUACAUGGAACUCUACAACAUAUUACCAGUUUGCUCAUUUCACCGCAAACCAGUCGAUCAUGGAAUCAUUCGAAAGGGAAGAAAAAAAUAA